GUUGCUCUCAUCAUCUGCCACAUCCCCGUCAACCAUCCCACGAUCCAACCCCCAUCCGGACGCAAUCAACUUGAAAAUACCAAAAUCCCUUGAAAUUUCCCUAGGAGGACAUCAUUGCUGCAACAGCCAAAAUUGGGGGGCUUCCCACGCAGAGCUAAUGACCUGGACCGACACAGUCCGGUCCAUCCUUUGUGAAGGGCCAUGGAUUUGGAAUGACGGCUCAAGUGAGAUCACCUUUCAUGAAGAUGGAACAGGCAAGCUAUUUUGCUCUACCGAGUACACUUGUUGGAUUUUUGCCGAAUUUGAGUGGAAAUCGCACAACUCUGCGUAUCUCAAUCAGACCAUCGACCUAGGCAAUGGUAGACAGCAGUCGAAGGUAAUUGGCGACUUUACCAUCGAGAUGACACUCACAAAGCGACGACCACACGAUAUCUGGUACAAAGGGAAAGUCAAUGAAAAUUGGCUAAACGAAGGGGCAUUUUGCGCAAAAACGUAUCAUAUGACAAUUGAGCACGGGCGCUUUAGGAGCCAAUUCGACGUCAAGCAUAAGAUCUUGAAUGGCUCACUAUAUGCGCUGCGCAUAGUCUUUGUUCCCUCGCCAUUUCCGCCGGACGAGGAGUGGAAUGACGAAAGUUACGGACCACAUGCGAUGAGACUCUGGGAGUGUACAGAAUUUAACUCUAGAAAAUAUCCUAACGAAAGACUGGGCUUAUGGGAAACAUUGAUGGCUUGGUGCAAUGAUCGGACGAGGUGACUUGAUAGGAGAAAAGGGGAGGUCUCUUGUAAAGUAGAUUAGUUCC